GCCGUCAUGUGACUCCAGCAUGGCGGUGUUUGCAGAUUUGGACCUGCGAGCGGGCUCGGACCUGAAGGCGCUGCGCGGGCUCGUGGAGAACGCCGCUCACCUUGGCUAUUCAGUUGUUGCCAUCAAUCACGUUGUUGAAUUUAAGGAAAAGAAACAGGAAAUUGAAAAACCAGUCGCUGUUUCAGAACUCUUUACAACUUUGCCAAUUGUACAGGGAAAAUCAAGACCAAUAAAAAUUUUAACUAGACUGACAAUUAUUGUUUCGGAUCCAUCUCACUGCAAUGUUUUGAGAGCAACUUCUUCGAGGGUCCGGCUGUAUGAUAUUGUUGCAGUUUUCCCAAAGACAGAAAAACUUUUUCAUGUUGCUUGUACACAUCUAGAUGUGGAUUUAGUCUGCAUAACUGUAACAGAGAAACUACCAUUUUACUUCAAAAGACCCCCUAUUAAUGUGAGUAUAGAGCAGGGUCUGCUUAACACAUUAAGUUUUGAACUUGUCUACAGCCCAGCUAUCAAAGACUCCACAAUGAGAAGGUAUACAAUUUCCAAUGCCCUCAAUUUGGUGCAAGUCUGCAAAGGAAAGAAUGUAAUUAUAUCUAGUGCUGCAGAAAGGCCUUUAGAAAUAAGAGGUCCAUAUGAUGUGGCAAACUUAGGGUUGCUGUUUGGACUCUCUGAAAGUGAUGCCAAGGCUGCAGUGUCUACCAACUGCCGAGCAGCGCUUCUCCACGGAGAAACUAGGAAAACUGCUUUUGGAAUUAUUUCCACCGUGAAGAAACCUCGGCCAUCGGAAGGAAAUGAUGAUUCUCUUCCAGCUUCCAAAAAAGCCAAGUGUGAGGACUGAAAAGAUCUCCCAGGCUCUGUUGACACUCCCAUCUUCCCUUUCAUAGUCCACCAGCCACAACAGAAAUCAAACCUCUGCACAAUUUGCUGUUUUCACGUGGAGCUAGAAAUCGGUAGUCUCUAAAAACGAUUUUAUAUUCAGGCGUUUAAACUAACAAAAGAAACCGGGUGAAGCACUUAAGAAAAGACUGAGCUAGAUGAAUUUUGAGAUAGUGUAAGAGAAAACAGAGUCUAGCUUAUAUUCUUGGUGUAAUUGAUAAAAAUGCCAGGUAUAAUUAAAUUAGAUGUUUCGUUAUUUCAA